GCCCUGCAGGUGGCCAGGCAGCUCCUCCUUCAGCAGCAGCAGCAGCAGCAGCAGCAGCAGCAACAACAACAGCAGCAGCAACAGCAACAACAGCAACAGCAACAGCAGCAGCAGCAGCAGCAGCAGCAAGUUAGUGGAUUAAAAUCUCCCAAGAGGAAUGACAAACAGCCAGCUCUUCAGGUUCCCGUGUCAGUGGCUAUGAUGACACCUCAAGUUAUCACUCCCCAGCAAAUGCAGCAGAUCCUCCAGCAACAAGUGCUGAGCCCUCAGCAGCUCCAGGUUCUCCUUCAACAGCAGCAGGCCCUCAUGCUCCAACAGCAGCAGCUUCAAGAGUUUUAUAAAAAACAACAAGAACAGUUGCAGCUUCAACUUUUACAACAACAACAUGUUGGGAAACAGCCGAAAGAGCAACAGCAGGUGGCUACCCAGCAGUUGGCUUUUCAGCAGCAGCUCUUACAGAUGCAACAGCUCCAGCAGCAACACCUCUUGUCUUUGCAGCGCCAAGGCCUCUUAACCAUCCAGCCCGGGCAACCUGCCCUUCCCCUCCAACCUCUUGCUCAAGGCAUGAUUCCAACAGAACUGCAGCAGCUCUGGAAAGAAGUGACAAGCGCUCACUCGGCAGAAGAAACCACGGGCAACAAUCACAGCAGUUUGGAUCUGACCACGACAUGUGUCUCUUCCUCUGCACCUUCCAAGACCUCCUUAAUCAUGAACCCCCAUGCCUCAACCAAUGGACAGCUCUCGGUCCACACUCCCAAAAGGGAAAGUUUGCCCCAUGAGGAACACCCCCAUAGCCAUCCUCUCUAUGGACAUGGGGUGUGCAAGUGGCCAGGCUGCGAAGCGGUGUGUGAAGAUUUCCCAUCAUUCCUAAAACAUCUCAACAGUGAGCAUGCGCUGGACGAUAGAAGUACAGCUCAAUGUAGAGUACAAAUGCAGGUUGUACAGCAGUUAGAGCUACAGCUUGCAAAAGACAAAGAGCGCCUGCAAGCCAUGAUGACACACCUGCACGUGAAGUCUACAGAACCCAAAGCUGCCCCUCAGCCCCUAAAUCUGGUAUCAAGCGUCACACUUUCCAAGUCUGCGUCGGAGGCUUCUCCACAGAGCUUACCUCAUACUCCAACCACCCCAACGGCCCCUCUGACUCCCGUCACCCAAGGCCCCUCCGUCAUCACCACCACCAGCAUGCAUUCGGUGGGACCCAUCCGCAGGCGGUACUCAGACAAAUACAACGUGCCCAUUUCUUCAGCAGAUAUUGCGCAGAACCAAGAAUUUUAUAAGAAUGCAGAAGUUAGACCACCGUUCACAUAUGCAUCUUUAAUUAGGCAGGCCAUUCUUGAAUCUCCAGAAAAGCAGCUAACACUAAAUGAAAUCUAUAACUGGUUCACACGAAUGUUCGCGUACUUCCGGCGCAAUGCAGCCACGUGGAAGAAUGCAGUGCGUCAUAAUCUUAGUCUUCACAAGUGUUUUGUGCGAGUAGAAAACGUUAAAGGGGCAGUAUGGACAGUGGAUGAAGUAGAAUUCCAAAAACGAAGGCCACAAAAGAUCAGUGGUAACCCUUCCCUUAUUAAAAACAUGCAGAGCAGCCACGCCUACUGCACACCUCUUAACGCUGCGUUACAGGCUUCCAUGGCUGAGAAUAGUAUACCUCUCUACACUACCGCCUCCAUGGGGAAUCCCACUCUGGGCAACUUGGCCAGCGCAAUCCGGGAGGAGCUGAAUGGGGCCAUGGAGCACACCAAUAGCAACGAGAGUGACAGCAGUCCAGGGAGAUCCCCUCUGCAAGCUGUGCAUCCUGUACAUGUCAAAGAAGAGCCCCUCGAUCCUGAAGAAGCGGAAGGGCCUCUGUCCUUAGUGACAACAGCCAACCACAGUCCAGAUUUUGACCAGGACAGAGAUUAUGAAGAUGAAGCAGUGCAUGAGGACAUGGAGUGAACAUCUGGGUGGGCUGACUCACCCCUUCUUCCUCACAUCCCCCCCCGGCCCCCCCCCCCGAGAGUGAAGAUAGAAAAAACAAACAGAAAAAAAAAAACAAGAAAAGAAAACAAACACACAACACGUCAGAAGUUCCAGUGAAGUCGUUCUCCAUUUGUUGUACAGUCUGGAGGAUUUUUCACUACAUUUUGACAACUCUGAAAUGUGUUAACUCUUAGUGCCAUCGAGAAUCCCAUUUGGGAGUAUUUUUGAUUUUUCUACUUUUUGUUGAAAACAAGAAUUUGUACUCUGUGCAUCGGAUGGACUUGUUUGGUACUGGGGAUUUUCCUCUCCACAGUCAACAUCAGCGCUGUCUAUUUGCUGAUCGGAUUCACUUUUUAGCAGCAGACUUUGAACUGCGGUCUCUGCCAGCAUUGAACACUGAGGACAGCCGACUUGAGCUUGUGCCCUCGAGCUGUAGACCAAGCCUUUGCCCAGAAUUCAAGGAUUUCAAUGGACGACUUAUUUGCACAGUACUGCAUGUUGAAUGAAUAUCACUGCCUUUUACUCUUUUUUGUUGUUGUUGUUGUUGUUUGUUUUAAUUUUUUUUUUCUUCCAGUUGGGAUGGGAAAGGCCUUUGUGUGUGUAUUGGGGGGAGGGGUUAAAAAUAAUUAUCCCAGACUUUUUAAUGUAUUGCUUUUUUUUUUUUUUUUCCUCCUCUGCUUCUACUAUACCAUUUUUAAGUUCUGACCUCAGGCCUUUAUUUGGGGCCCGCGGCCUCUUGGAGGCUUCAAGUUUUCUGUACCUUGUGAUGAAUGUUAAUAGGUGUUUUUAUUAUACAAAGCUGAAUGUCAUUUCUUGUUUGUAGUUUUCUGUCACUCAUUCCAUUUUUUUCCCCACAGAUAUCUCCACGUUUCUCUUGUCAGAAAACAUUCCGGGUUGGGUUUUUUUGUUGUUUUUUUUUUUUUUUUGACCUCAAAAAAAUGUUUUUUUUAAAAAAAAAAGGUCCCAAGUGCUGCGCUCUACCACGAAGGCCCCCCCCCUCACACAGCCGCGAAGCCCUGCCAGAAAGAGAAUGAAUGACAGAAAAACAAAUAGAGACACACUCAUGGAACAAUGCAGACUCGUUCCACAAAGCAGUAUUGGGGGUAGUAAGGGGAUUGUUUUGGAGUUUCCUUUUUUUGUUUAGAAAUAAAAAAAAUUCUAGGAGCCAUCAUUCUAAAUUACUGCCACAGCAUUCUACCAAGCCAAGAAAACAUAGGCAGCACUAGAAAGAAAAAAAAUGAUAAUAAUGAAAUGAACCCUUAAUAAUAACCCUGACAAUGUGGCCGGGGAAGUGGCAAGAGCGAUGGACUCUUGUGUUAUUAUAGCCAGCCCGGGUUGCUUUGUUUGCAAAAAAAGAAAAAAGAAAAAGACCAAAAGGCAUCGAGCUUCCCUGAGAACUUUGCUACAUGUGGUAGCUGAGUUGAUCCAUCAGUUCAGACCUGCUUGGUGGCAUUAAUCUGUUGGAAUGCAAAUGAGACUUGUUAUGGGGAGUUAAUGAGGACUGAGUUCAGCAAAUACUAAAGUGUUCGUUUCAAAUGUGCAAAUUCCGUACUACAGUUCAGUUUGCUAUGCAAUGGAUUCACACCACCCCGGAAAUCACAAACUAACACAAGAUGACAUCAGGGUGACAAGGACUCCUGGCGACCCACAGUGGUCCGCAGAACACGAGAGCUCUGAGUCCAUAUGUCCUUGGUCCUGCCAGCCUUUCUAUACUCGCACUCUGCACCCCCCCCACCCCACUUCCCCAUCAAUGUGUUUAUCUAGGACCAUAGCUUUCAUUCUGUUUUAGUUGAAGAACCUUUUUCUUUCUUUUUUUUUUUGGAGGUUAAUUUAUAUUCUUUAUACCUUUUAUUUCUAAAAUUACCAAAGAUGUUACACAAAGGUAAAUUAAGUUCUCUGUUUUAUGCUUUAUCGAAUGAAGCCAAAUAUCCUCUUCUUGUUGACCCAAGGAGGUGAAAGAAUUUAGAGGCAAAUGGUAGAGACAGGCUAUUGCCAAUCCGGGAAAGAGAACUGCUUCCUCGUCCUAGCAGAGUAAAUGUAGUAGACCAAGUAGGUAAUGGAACCAAAGUUGUUACUUUUUCCUAGUUCUUCUUCUUCUCCUCCUCCUUUUCUUUCUUGUUUUUCUGCACCUGACCAAAACUCAAGUCUUGAGAAAGACUGAAAAUAAAAACAGAACAUACUUUUCUGCUUGCUACAAAGGAAAGGGAGUCCCCUGUCAAAGAAAAAGAAAUGAAUGUAUGCCACUGAACAUUAGAAUAGCCAGCAGAGGAGACAGGAUGAAAUUUAGAGAACAGAAAAGCUACAAUUAAACUAGACUACAUUAGUAGUAUUUUUAGGGAAAAAAUAAUAAUUUUUUUUUCUUAGGAAGAUCAUGCACCACUUUUGUUUAAGCAAUGUGUUGUAUUCCCUGUUCCCUGCAUCCAUUUGGGUUAACCUUGGUAUAUAUUUUUUUCCAGUUUUUGUGUUUAUUUUUAAAUUUUCCUAUUUGCUUUGUUUUUAUUACUUGUUUAUUUGGAAUAUGCUUUGGUCAGCAUUUUUCAUGUGAGCAAAAAGUAACACUUCCAUCCACUCCUAAGCUUGGUGCAAAAUCAUCUUUGGCAGUUACUCUCGGAGCCUCCCUCUGGUUUCUGUCAAAAGGGCAGUGUGUGGCCACUCGUGGCUUCUUUUUCCUUCUGCCAGGCGAUUUUAUGACGUGCAGGCAGUAGCCACCCGGGGCCAGGGGAAGGGGGCCCUGAACGUCUAAACUGAGUGGUUGCUGGUUAGUUUGGUAUUCAAAAGAGGAUAAAAAUCUGGUAGAUUAGUUCAUCCUGAGCAUGUGUAGCUAGACAUGAGUAAAGAGAACAGCAUGAAAAACUGUUAGUACGCAUACCUCAGUUCAAACCUUUAGGGAAUGAUUAAAAUUUAAAAAAAAAUACAUUUCACUCAGUUGCACUUAGUCGUACGUCUUGCAUGCUUAGUCUAAAGACUGUAGCAAAAACAAAAAAAAGAAAAAAAAAGAAAAAUUAGAUUUUUUUUACAAAUCUUUGCAGGUCUCACAGCCUUGCAGAAGAACCAACUGAAAAAAAAAUAUUCCUCAGGCUUUACAGCAAGCAAAUUUCUCUAUGAUUUUUACAGUUCUGAUUCUGUAUCCCUUGGGGGUGUUCCAGUCGCUUCUCUAGGAUGGGGUUUAUUAUGUUGUACAUAUAUCCCAACAAUGUGUCUGUGAAUCUUUGUCUUUUUUGGGGGAGGGCGGAGGGUGGUUCUUUUUUUAGAUAUUGUUCCUAAAAAGGAAUAAAUGCAUACACCUGUUUGUCAAAACA